UCUUUUGGAGCUCACUGUCGAAGAUUCGAAGCAGAAGCUCAUCGUGCGAAGGGGGAGGAGGAAGAAGAAGGAGGAGCAGAGAUGAACAAUCGGAGCUAGGAGACCCGGAACGUCCCCUUUGCCUCUUUCUUCUGCUCUUCCAAUGGCGAAAGAUGCAUCAUCACCAUCGCCUUCAUCCCUUGUACCUCCCACAGUUCCGAUGGAGCUCCAUGUGAAGAACCGCGAGAAGCUCCUGAGGGCUCUUCGGCAGCAUCUCUCCGAUUCUUCUCGACCGCUCCGCGGGUUCGUCUUCCUCCAGGGAGGUGAGGAGCAACUGCGGCACGACACCGAUCAUAUCGAGCUCUUCAGGCAGGAGAGUUACUUUGCUUAUUUGUUCGGAGCUACUGAGCCUGGAUUCUUCGGAGCUAUUGAUGUUAUGACUGGGAAUUCUCUUCUUUUUGCUCCAAGACUUCCCGCUGAUUACGCUGUUUGGUUGGGAGAAAUAAAGCCUGUAUCGUUCUUCCAGGAAAAAUACAAGGUUAACAUGGUUUUUUAUACCGAUGAGAUUACACAAGUUCUGCAUCAGCACUAUCGAGGAGAGGAAAAACCUCUCUUGUUCCUCUUGCAUGGCCUUAACACAGAUAGUCAUAAAUUCGCAGAACCAGCCAAAUUCGAGGGCAUUGCAAAUUUUGAGUCCGACUUGAACACUUUACAUCCUAUCCUGACUGAGUGUCGAGUUUUAAAGUCGGAUCUGGAGCUUGCUCUCAUUCAGUUUGCAAAUGAUAUAAGCUCUGAAGCUCAUGUUCAGGUUAUGAGGAACAUAAGGGUGGGCAUGAAGGAGUACCAAUUGGAAAGUAUGUUUCUUCAUCACACGUACAUGUAUGGUGGCUGUAGGCACUGCUCAUAUACAUGUAUCUGCGCCACUGGUGGAAACAGUGCUGUACUCCACUAUGGGCAUGCAGCGGCCCCCAAUGAUCGGACUUUCGAAGAUGGAGACAUGGCAUUGCUAGACAUGGGAGCUGAAUUCAGUUUCUAUGGAUCUGACAUUACAUGUUCAUUUCCAGUGAAUGGGAAGUUUACGAGUGAUCAGCGACUUGUAUAUAAUGCAGUGCUUGCUGCACAUGAUGCUGUUAUUUCGGUGAUGAAACCUGGUGUUAACUGGGUGGAUAUGCACAAACUGGCAGAGAAAACUAUUCUCGAUUCAUUGCAGAAAGCAAGGAUCCUAGUCGGUGAUGUAAAUGAGAUGAUGAUAGAGCGACUGGGUGCUGUUUUCAUGCCUCAUGGCCUUGGGCAUCUAUUGGGUAUUGACACUCACGACCCGGGGGGCUAUCCUAAGGGAUUGGAGAGACCCAAAGAACCAGGAUUGAGCUCUUUAAGGACAGCACGUGAGCUCCUUGAAGGAAUGGUGAUAACGGUAGAACCAGGAUGCUACUUCAUCGAUGCUUUGCUGGAACCCGCCAUGGAGAGCUCGAAAACAGCGAAGUUCUUCAAUCACGAAGCAGUUGCCCGAUUCAGAGGCUUUGGUGGAGUUCGGAUCGAGAGCGACGUGUAUGUCACCGCAAGCAGCUGUAUAAACAUGACAAAGGUUCCGCGUCAAGAAUCAGAGAUUGAAGCUGUGAUGGCAGGAGGAAGAUGGCCGAUUUGAGCAAUUACGACCUUUUUGUGAUGUACAAUAAAACAGGGAUAAGAUUGUGCUCGAGUUUGAAGAUUCGACUCUUCCAUGCAUGUCAUGAUCAUCACGUAAGGACAUCAAAUGGCAAAAAUUACAUACUUGUGUUAAUAUCCAUGCGAACGAUUUUUGAUAUUGGGAAUUAGAAUCUCAAGAAUCAAAUGCGCACCUAUCAAAUUUUGAGGUUGACUGAUA